GAUGUAUUGUACAAGAAAGCAUUUAUUAUUUGAUAAAAGCUACUUCAUCACAUUAGAUCAAGAUAAUUUGUUUAUUGGAGAAGUAUUUUAAUGAUUAUUAAAGAAGUCUACCUAACAUACCAAAUAUACAAUACCUUUAAAACUUUAAACAUAAAUUGAUUGGAAAAUUUCCGAGGAUAAUUAAUUGGAGGCAUUUUGUAUAAAUUGGAAGAAUGAAUUGAGAUACUUUUAUGCUGACCAUAAUGUUCUACUUAGAGUCAAGAAUUAUAUUCGUGGAAGAGUAGUUUUUAAAAACAUUGAUAAUUUCUAUAAGCAUUUAGGGAGAAUGGAAACUAGAAGUUCAACUUAGGUAUGUUAUCAUAAAAUAUUCGUUUUUUAGAUUAGCACAAUAUAAAGACUAGACAAUGAUAAAAUUUACGCUUGUAAAGAUUUGAAGAAGCAUAAACUAUAUUCAAAUAAAGUAUGAAAUAUAUCUAAAUAUUAGUUAUUUUAGAAUGAAGUUGAAGCUUUGAAAUAACUAAAUCAUUAACAUAUUAUUAAUUUAGAGGAGGCUUAUGAAAAUGAAACAUCUUAUUUAAUAGUUUUAGAAUAUUUAAAAGGUGGGUCUCUCAGUCAAUAUCUUAAAUAUUGUAGGUUAUCAUUAGAUGAUAUAGAAAUAAUAAUAAAGGUAUUAUCUAUUUUUAUAUAAUUAGUAAAUUUUAGAAGCUAUUUGUUAUUUACAUGAAAAAGGUUUUGUUCAUAGAGAUAUAAAACCUGAUAACAUUCUAUUUUGUGAUGUAGGAUCAUCCUCAAAUUUGAAACUCAUAGAUUUCGGAAUUUCUUGCAAACUUCCAAAUUAAGAAAAUUAUUCAUAAAUAGAUUAUGGAACUCCUGGUUUUAUGGCACCAGAAAUCUUAAAUGACUCCAAUCAUAUAAGAAUAUCAUAAAAAAUAGAUGUAUUUAGUUGUGGAGCCAUUUUAUAUUAAAUGUAAUUACUUAAUCAAUUUUUUAGGUUAACAGGUUCUAAAUUAAUAUCUGGAAUUAAUUCUUAAGAAUUAUAUUAGAAUAAUAAAUUAUUUACUCUAAAUAACUAAAUUCUUUAAAAAAUAUCAGCGCCAAAUUAUAGGGGAUUAAUUUCUAAAAUGCUUAUUGAAGAUCCUGAUCAGAGAAUUGAUGCAAAAUAAGCAUUAAAUUAUAUUAAAUUGAUGAACAUUCCAACAAAUAAUUCAUUAUCUACUUCAUUAAAUUGUUCACAAGAUCCAAUCCAAAAAUUACCAGAUUUUAAACAAUUAAUUAAAAAAAUUUGA